AUGACAUCUUUUCCGACUCCGAUCAUCUUCUCCGUUCUCCUUCUCUUCAUCUUCUCACUCUCUUCAUCAAUCUCAUUUGCUCUAUCAUCAUUCCAACCAAAAGCUCUCAUUCUCCCAGUCACAAAAGACAAAUCUACCCUCCAAUACACAACCGUCAUCAACCAACGAACCCCACUUGUCGCCGCCUCCGUCGUCUUCGACCUCGGUGGUCGAGAUCUCUGGGUCGACUGCGAAAAAAACUACGUCUCCACCACUUACAAAUCCGCUCGCUGCAACUCCGCCGUUUGCUCACGCGCCGGCCCCCGUGACUGCGAGCAAUGCUUCUCUCCUCCGAGACCUGGCUGUAACAACAACACUUGCCACACAUUUCCAGACAACACCGUCACCGGAACCAUAAUAACUUCCGGCGAAAUUGCUGUAGAUGUUGUGUCGAUUCAGUCAAUUAACGGGUCUAAUCCGGGUCGGGUCGUGAAAAUCCCCAAUUUGAUUUUCGUUUGCGGGUCAACGAAUCUGCUUGAAAGACUCGCUAGUGGAACCGUCGGUAUGGCCGGAAUGGGACGCCACAACAUCGGACUGCCGUCGCAAUUCGCCACCGCGUUUAGCUUCAAUCGGAAAAAAUUCGCCGUCUGUCUCACUUCCGGAAGAGGCGUCGCCUUCUUCGGUGACGUAACUUACAAGUUCCUCCCCGGUAUUCAAAUCUCAGAUCUAACAACCACACCGUUGCUCAUAAAUCCGGUGAGUACUGCUUCUGCGUAUGUACAAGGCGAGAGAUCCUCCGAGUAUUUCAUCGGCGUGACGGACAUCAAAAUCGCCGAUAAAUCCGUUCCGAUCAACAAAGCGAUUUUGAAGAUCAACGGUGCCACCGGAUACGGAGGGACCAAAAUCAGCACGGUGAAUCCGUACACGGAGAUGGAGACGUCGAUCUUCAACGCGUUCACGUCGGCGUUCGUAAGAGCAGCGACGGCGAGGAACAUCAGUCGAGUUUCGUCGGUGGCUCCGUUCGGCGCGUGUUUCAGCACCGCGAACGUCGGCGUCACGCGCGUUGGAUACGCCGUGCCGGAGAUUCAGCUCGUGCUUCAGAGCAACGACGUCGUUUGGAGGGUUUUUGGAGCGAACUCGAUGGUGAGCGUCAGGGAUGACGUCAUCUGUUUGGGUUUCGUUGACGGGGGAGUCAACGCGAGAACCUCUGUGGUAGUCGGAGGGUAUCAGUUGGAAGAUAAUUUGAUCGAAUUUGAUUUGGCGAGUAACAGAUUUGGGUUUAGUUCCACGUUAUUGGGCCGUCGUACUAACUGUGCCAACUUCAAUUUCACUUCCACUGUGCCCAAUUGA